AUGGCAGAGCCAAAAUUUGAUUAUGACAAAGGAAAUUUUUUUACUGAUUUAUGAAUGAUAUGAGCAUUCCAAACAAUAAAUUUUUGGAAAAAAAAUAAGCCAAGCCAUUCAAAUAUUCUAAAAAUACCUGAUAGAUUUAAUUUUGAAGAGUCAUUGUUAACAUUAGAAAAAGAGUGGGAUACUGAAACAAGAAAACCAAAUCCGAAAUUUCUCAAUGCCCUGGUAAGGACUGUUUGGUGGGAAUUUACAAAAUACUCCUUUUAUUUAAAUAUUGGGCAGAUUCUUGGGCUUGCUCAAGCUGUUAUUAUGAUUUUUUUGAUAGAUUUUUUUACUGAUGAUAGUUAUACUAUGGAAGGUAUAUGACUGGUUGCAUGCUUGGGUAUUGCAGCGAUUUUGAGUGUUUCACUAUUUGCGCUAGGAGCUUUUUAUUUGAGGUUGCUUACUAUAAAAAUAAAAUCAAUAGUGCCAUAUAUUGUUUAUAAAAAGGUCCUAAAUACAUCAUUUGAAGAAAUUUCACAAAAGGAUUAUUCUAGUUAAUAUAAAUGGCUAAGGCAUAUUCAUAUAAGGGAUUAUAUAAUAAUUCAUAAGCUAAAGGUAUAUAAAGGGAAAUUGCCGAAUACAAUAGCAGCUGAUUUAGAAUAUUUUAGUGGAAUUACUACCUUAGGAAUGAUAGCAGGAUGCCCAUUUAUUUUUAUAGGUGCAUUUUUGAUUAUUGGCAUUCUUACAGGAUGGGCUGGGAUUAUUGGUUUGGCUGUAUUAAUUCUUCAUUUUCCAGUAGCAGUCUUGUUAUCAAGCAUGUCAAGCUAUUAUAGAAUGAAAUCUUCUACUUAUGGGGAUAGAAGAAUUGUGAUGAUUACGAACAUAAUAGAAGGUAUUAGAGUUGUUAAGUUGUAUGGAUGGGAAGAGCCAUUUUUAAGACUGAUAUAUAUGGAAAGAUCAAAAGAAAUUAAAGAGCAAAAUAAGGAAUAUGCUGCGAAUUCAUUAAAUAACUCUAUAGGAGUUUCUGGAAUCGGAAUAAUCUUGCUUAUAACGUUUGCACUUUAUGUUCACUUAGGCGAUUCAUUAGAAGUUAGCACUGUAUUUUGCGUUGUUGCAACAAUGUGUAUAGUUUAUUGCUUAGUUACAAAAAUGGGUGUAAAUGCAGCAUAUAGUGCUGCUACAAUAGUGCUAUCAAUGGAGCGUCUAACACAAAUUUUAUUAUUAAGUGAAAAAAAUAGUGACAAAGAAAACCCAGAAAAUCCUGAUUUUUCUGUGUCAGUGAAAAAUGCUAGUUUUUCUUAUAUAUCGAAAAAAGAAAAUCAGGAAACUACUGAAGAAAAUCCUAUAAAUAAAGACAAUAUAGAUAAUGAUGUACUGACUGAUAUAAAUUUUGAGCUCAAAAAAGGAGAAUUAUUGAUUGUUGUAGGACAAGUUGGAAGUGGAAAAAGCAGCUUAUUACUUGGACUAUUGGAUGAAUUAUUUAAAUCAAAUGGACAAGUAAAAAUAAAUGGGAAAGCCUCUUAUUCUGCCCAAGAUCCAUGAAUUUUAUCAGGCACUAUAAAAGCAAACAUCAUAAUGGAUAAAGAAUAUAUUGAAGAGCUCUAUAAAAAUGUUAUAAAAAUGUGCAUGCUAGAAAUAGAUCUUGAUAAUUUUGCAAAUAAAGAUGAAACAAUCGUUGGAGACAAUGGAAUCACAUUAAGUGGAGGACAAAAAGCUAGAAUAAGCCUUGCGAGAAUAUUAUAUGCUAAUAGAGAUGUUAUUCUUCUUGAUGAUCCUUUGAGUGCAGUUGAUUCUGAAGUGAGCUCAUUUAUUUUCAAAAAUUGCAUUAAAGAUUAUUUGAAAAAUAAAACUGUUAUUUUAGUGACCCACCAAAUCCAUCUCAUUUCAGAAGCUGAUAAACUCUUAAUCUGUCACCAAUUUAAGAAAUUUUUGAAAACAAUUUUAAAAAUUAAUAUAAAUAUUUUUUUUUUAAUCGUGAGGGAAAUUAAUUUUAAACCAAGGAAAACAGAUAUUUUUUGGUACAUAUCAAGAAUUCCAAGGAAGAGCGGAUAUAGAAGACUUCGUUGGAGAAUUAAAACAAAUGACUGAUAGCGUAGAAAAGAAAGAAGUUGACUAUUCUGUUUAUGUAAAAGAAAUCAAAUCAGAGUCUAUUUCAUCAAUAGCAGAUGAAGAAAAAGACCUGCCUCCAAUAUCACUAAACACUUAUCACCAGUUUUUUAUAUAUGGCUAUAAAUAUAACUUUGUGCUUGUUUUGGUAUUACUUGUAUUGGUGAUAACGCAAAUAGCAAGUAUCGCUGUCAUAUAUUGGCUUACAGUAUGGUCAGCACAAUCUGAUUCUGAGCAGGAAGAUACUUAUUAUGUGUGGUUUUAUGCAAUAAUUGUAAGUAUAUGCUAUUUUUGUUCAUUUUUGCGUUGCUGGAUAUUGAGCUAUGGCAUGACAAUUGCAGGAAAGAAUUUACACAAUAAAGCUUUGGAAAGCAUGGUGAAAACUUCAACUGUGUUCUUUGAUAAAAAUCAGACUGGAAGAAUGAUCAAUCGGUUUUCAAAGGAUAUGCCUUUUUGAUAAAUUUAUCCAAUCAUUAGACCUUAUCUUAUAUAUUAAUUAUAGUGCUUACUAACUGUAUAAAUAAGUAUACAUUUAUGAUUGAUGAAUUAUUACAUGGCAUGUUUUACUAUUUUGUAAACCAAGCUUUCGAUAUAUGGGGCCUUCUCAUUUCUAUUUCCAUCCUCAUUCCUCCAGCUGCAGCUCUAGUAUUAAUAUACUUAUUGGUCACUAUAUGAUUUUCUAAGCUCAUCAUACCAAUGGUCAAAGACCUCGGCGGCCUAACCUUAGUAUCUAAAAGCCCAAUCUUAAGCCUUGCCAACUCAACCUUACAUGGAAUUGUCACCAUAAGAUCUCACGAACUUCAACAAAAAUUUAUCUAUGACAUGAAAGUGUCCCUAGAAUACAAUUGCCGCUGUGAGUUCAGCAGAGAUAUUCCAUUCAGAUUCUAUCAGUUUUAUAUGGAAAUUUUCUUAGUCCUAUUAUGCAUUAUGUGUGCUUUUAUACUUGUGGGGUGGAGGGAUUUUAUAACUGAGGAUUUAGCAGCUUUAUGCAUAUGUUUCUUAGUUUUAGCUAUGCAGCCUACAACUUCAUGGGGAGAUACCAUGAUUGAAGUAGAAGUUUUAAUGAUUUCGCCACAGAGACUUAUGGAAUAUGCUGAUAUGCAGCCUGAAGGAGCGUUUGAGACUGAUACGCCAUUUGAAAUUACCCAUGGGAAAAUUAAAAUCCAAAAUUUAUUUAUGAAAUAUCGAGACAAUUAUCCUUUUGCGCUUCAUGAUUUGAAUAUUACUAUUGAAGCUGGACAAAAGGUAGGAAUUGUAGGGAGAACUGGCUCAGGGAAAUCUUCAAUAAUGAACGUGCUGUUUAGGCUAGUUAACCCUACAUUUGGGACUAUCCUUAUAGAUGGCCAAGAUUAUAUAAAUGCUGGCCUUCAUCAAUUGAGAAGACAAAUGUCAGUUAUUCCUCAAUCCCCUAUCAUUUUUAUGGCUACUUUUAGAGACAAUAUAGACCCAUUUCAUGAGCACACAGAUGAAGAAAUUUUAAAUAUCUGCAAGCAGUCUGAUAUUUAUGAAGUAGUCCAAGCACUCCCUAAUAAGCUUGACACAAUGUUAUCAGGAAGAGAAUCCAGCUUAUCCGCUGGAGAAAAACAGCUAGUUUGCCUUGCCCGAGCACUGAUCCGAAAUAGCAAAAUUGUGAUGAUGGAUGAAGCCACUGCAAAUGUUGACCCUAAAACUGAUAGAAUUGUCCAUGAAAAAGUAAAGACUAUGUUUUCUAAAAAUACCAUGCUUAUUGUUGCACAUAGACUAAGGACAAUAAUUGAUGUCGAUUUAAUAGUCGUGAUGGAAGAAGGGACUUGUAAAGAAAUGGGAAGUCCUAAGGAGCUUGUUGCAGUUGAAAAUUCACUUUUUAGGAACUUAAUUUUGCACACAGGUCCACAAGAGUCGAAAUAUUUGCUUGAAAAAUUACAAAAUGCCUAA